GGGCGUGGUACAAAACAUAAAGUAUGCAUUGCUUAAACCCUAGAAAGAGUUUCUGAUUCGAUUUCAAAGGUGAAAGAAGGAUUUUCAGAGGAGCAUCGAUGUCGGUCAGAGAAGACAACGAUUCCGACGCCCCCGAGGAAUUCACAACAGAACAGGGUUUACGGCAAGACGAAGAGAUUCAAAGGGUUCAAAGAGAAAACAAAUCCAGGGUUGUACGCGAAGCAAAAGAGCGUAGGAGGAAAUGGGCCCAAAACAUAACUCCUAGACCAUCUAAAGCUGGUAAAAAUUCUCAAAUUGUAAUAGACUCUGAACCUCCGCAAAAACUGAAAGCAGCCGAUGGAUUUCUCCCCGAGGACAUUGUCCAAAUGCUUGCUGCACGUGAGAAUCAUGUUUCAUUUUCUGACACUAAGGAGGAGAAAGAUGAAACAAAGUCUACCAUUUCAAGGAAGAGAAAAUCAAGGAAGUCAGGUUUGAAACCUGUUAUUUUGAGCAAAAUAGGUCCUCCUCAAUGCUCAAACAGUGCCCUGGAGUUCUUGAAAGAAAGGAAAAUGUCAGUUCGAAGAUCGUCUUCAGUUUUGAACAAUUCCAAGCGAGCACUCCGUCUUCUUUCUCGUUCAGGGGUUCUUGGCAGGAAAUGAUAAUGUUAAUUGAUUUGUCUUAAUUUUUGGCCAGUGGGGUUAUUGUUGCAAUAUUUACUUUUAAGCUAUCAUGAUUAUUGCUGCUGUUGGUCCACCCUACUGAGUUGUAAUCUAUAGAUAUUCUAAUUUGUUUGGAUUAUAAAUAGGAAAGAUAAAAUGAAAUCGAAGUUGAGUAAAAAAUUAUUUUAUUGUACAAAAAUAAGAAGAAAAUGGAGGGUGUGUCUUUUCUUGUGCGGAUGAAUAAAGGGUAUGGUCGGAAGGUAUUCUUAUAUUAAUUAAUUUUUUUAAUAAGAAUUGAAACUCUUUUUCUCUGUAAUUUGCUGCUUAAUUUUUUUAUUCGUAUGAAAAUAUUUAAUCUUUUUUAGAGAUUUAUGUCAAUUCGAGGGAAAUGGGGAAUACAUUUUCAGUAGUGAAUUUGCUUAUUUAUCCGCGUAAAAAGUAGUACUGAAAGGUAGUAAUUUUUGUCCUAUUUUCUUUUAUUUUGGAAGUAGGAAUAACACCGAGUGCUUGUCUGAUUUCCUUAUCACCUCUGGUAUUAAAAUUGUGAUCUUAAACGAUUCUAUUCUUAAGUAAUUUCUUAUCAAAACCUCAAAUUGGUUUUGGUGAUAGAUGUUUCAAAACUAAAAAAAGUAGAAACAGACAACUCAUCAUCAAUUCCUUUAUGCUGUUCACCCUCUUCAAUUCGCACUUUUGCUUUGCCCUAACAGAUUACAGUCAAGAAUUUAUGUUUAUAAAUUUCAAAAGCUAAAUAAAGUAAUUGAAAAUGGAACUCAAACACAACAUAAAUUGGUUGAAGUUUCUGUCUCAAGGACAACAAGGAUAAAGAAAAAGGCACACGUAAAGUUGUGUUUUUGAGUAGAAGUUCUGCCUAACAUCUGAUCUAUAUUGAUCGUGGUUUGAGCUACAAAUUAAAUCUUGUUAAUUUACCGUGGCACAAUCAUUUCUUCAACGUUCAAAUCUAGUAAUUUGACUAAUGAUAAUAUACCGUAGUUUAGUACUUCCACAUUCAAUAUAAGGGAAUGUCUCAGCUGUGAUGAGUUGCAUGUAUUUCAAGGAGCAGAGAAUACAUCAUAUUGUUGGAGCCAAAUCUGUUCUUGAGCUGAAGGUGUGUUGCCUUUGGAGCUGCCGAAAAGACCAUCAAAAGCGCCUUUGAUUCUGUUUAGGGACUUGCGGUGUCGAAUGCGAUGAAGAACUUCUUGUUUGUUAAGGGUCUGUGUUGAUGCUUUGGAAGACAAGGAUGACUUCAACUGGAGUUGGCUUGAGACACCAUGAACUGGGUCACAGUCCUUGUCUUGCACGUGUCUGCGGCUCGACUUGUCAGUCUCUGCUUCGGGUCUGGAGAUCUCGAAAUCCAUUUUGGUUUAGGUUUUUGUUUGAUUAGAAUGCUGCUAAACACAGGACAUGAAU